AUGAAGAAUCUACUUAGGAUCAUUUGUGGGGAUAUUGUAUUUUUUUUUUCAGCCUUUGAGGAAAGGCCUAGCAUAAGACUAGAAACCGUUAAAACGAGGUUGACGAUGACAGAUCCACGUACUAGAACAGGUCGUCAUACGAUGACUUUUGAAACGUUAGCAUCCGCUGUUGAGAUCACCAACAUCCCACAGGAGUGGACUACGGAGACCAUCACGUCUGUUGUUGUUGGGUCGGGUCCAAUUGUACAUUUUUCAUCCAAACUUGAGCCAAGAACCGGCAAGUUGAACUCUGUAAUUAUCCAUUACAAAACAGCUAAGGAGUGCCAGCGUGCAUUCCACUUGUUAGAGAAGAUAGACAGAUUUCCGUGUUUUCUUAAGAGAAUAAUACCUCAGGAUGUUUUACUCAACGGCGUCAACGAAGACGAACAGAAAGAUGAAAUACAACUCACAAGAGAUAAUUAUCCAUGGGAUGCUGGUUUGGAACUACCCUUCGAAAUGAUUACUGAGGUUCCGUUAUCCAGGCGACCAUUGCAACCAAAACCACAAAUGCCAGUUUCUAAUGAAAACGUGACAAUUCCUGAUAUAUUGAGUAAAGCUUCUCAACAAUUACCACCAUUACAAGAAGACAUAUUGUCCAAAGCAGAUGCAGUGUCUAAGAACUUGAGCAAAAUUCCUCCAUUACAAUUGAUAGAAAUUAUUUCAAAUCUGAAGAUCUUGGCGAGCCAAGAUGCUACAAGGAGAACGCAAUUAGAAAAUUUUCUAAGAACUAAUCUUGAUAUUUCAAUAUCUGUAACGCAAGCCAUGCUAGAGAUAGGUUUAAUAAAUUAUGAUGUAGUUACACAAGUGAUGAAGAAACACAUGGACUCAUCUAAUGUGAGUAACUAUUCCGGUACAAAUAUGACGAUGAAUGGGACAAGAAUGCCAAUGAACAUGGCGCCAGUUCCACCAAUUGGAAUGCCAAACAUGCAACAGCCACAUUUCAUACCAAAAAACCCACAGAUGCCAUUCACACCUCCUGCAUUCAAUAAUAUCAACUCAUAUCCAUUCAUGGGCCAAUCUGCAAUGCCUCAAAUGCCACAACUCUCACAAAGGUCACAAAUCCCACAAAUCCCACAAAUCCCACAAGUAUCGCGAAUGCAACCAGUAGCCCAGAUACCGCAGAUGCCACAGAUGUCACAGAUGCCACAGAUGCCACAAAUGACACAGAUGCCACAGAUGCCACAAAUGACACAGAUGCCACAGAUGUCACCGCCUCCAAUGCAACCAUCCCCUCCAAGCAUAAAUUACGGGAAGUUGAAUGCAUUGCCCUCAGAUCAACAGACAAUGAUCAAACAGGUAUUGGAAUUGACACCCAAACAAAUCACAUUACUGCCAGAGGACCAACGUAUAAUGGUAACAAACUUGCAAAACGAAUAUCGUAUUUAA